CCGCCACGCACCAUAGGCGCUCCGUACGACGUCGACAUUUUUGUGUCCGGGUACGCCGUCAAGCACCGUGCGCCCGGGCUCCUCACCCGCUCGCAGAAGACGGUCCUCAAGCUCGCAAAAACCUUUGCCGCGCUCCCUAAAUUUGCCGGGCCCCCAAGCCCAAGCUCGAGCCACGAAAAUCUCUCCAGGAUGUCUCUCUCCAAAUCAACAGAAGAACUCCUCGCAUCGAUGGAGCUGCCCCCCCGGCCGGACGAAAUGACCCCAGAGCUCGAGCUCCGCACGCUCCACAGCUCGAGCUCGCGCUCGCGCAACGGCUCGUCCGCCACCCUCGCGAGCACCUCGCAGACCUCGCUCGUGCCCUCCUCCACAGGCUCCUUCCCGCCCGCCUUCCCCGACCUCCCGCCGCUCCCCGGGAGCCCCCCGCCUCCGGCUACGGCCGCGUCCGCGUCCGCGCCCCCGUCUAGCCUGCAGAACGAGCUUCAGCGUCUGCACGCGAACCUCGAGUCCCGCCUCGCCCCGUUCUGGGCCGCCGCCCUCUCCGCGCGCACCGUCCGCGUCGCGGUGCACCCCCUGGCCGCGGCCGCUGCCGCCGCCGGCGACGACGCGAGCUCCGACGACGGGCGCGCCGGGGGGCACGCGGCGAUUGUGGCGGGUAGCGCGACGACGAGCGCGGACGGCGCGUUCCAGAUCAGGCUCACGAUCCCGUGGGAGGAUCUCUGCACGCACCCGAUGGGCGUGCACGUCGCGUUCGGCGACCCGACGCGCGAGCACGACUUUGUGCUCCGCGCGGAGCUGCUCCCCGCGCCGACGACGCAGCCGACGACGCCGACCGCGACGUCGACCCUAGCGGGCGCGCCCGCCUCCCGCACGCCGUCGCCGCCCGCGGCGCCGAGCGCGGCGGCGGAGGCGGUCGUGCCGCUCACGCACUCGCCCGUGCGCGUCAUCUCGGACAUCGACGACACGUGCAAGCUGUCGCACGUCGCGAGCGGCGCGCGCGCGGUGUUCUACAACGUGUUCGUGCGCGAUUUGCACGAGAGCUUGAUUCGCGGCAUGGGCGACUGGUACGGCGCCAUGUGGGCCCGCGGCGUGCGCUUCCACUACGUCUCCAACGGCCCGUUCGAGCUGCUCCCCGUCAUCACCGAGUUCUUCCAGCUCGCGCGCCUCCCGCCAGGCUCCAUCCGCCUGCGGUCCUACGGCACCCGCACGCUCUUCACGGGGCUCCUCUCCGCGCCCGCGACGCGCAAGCGCGCGGGCGUGCUCGACGUCCUCGCGAGCUUCCCGCGCGCGCGCUUCCUCCUCGUCGGCGACGCGGGCGAGCAGGACCUCGAGCUCUACGCCGCGCUCGCGCGCGAGCGCCCCGCGCAGGUGCUCGCGGUGUUCAUUCGCGACGUGACGCCGUACGGCGGGGGCGAGGUCGGCAUCCAGGACCCGACGGGC